AUGGACGACACAAAGAGCCUGAAGCGCCGUACGCGCUUCAGAAUCUUUAAGUCACAUCUCGGUUUAGCGAGUUUCGUUCUGGCAACGAUUUGCGCAGUUCUGUUGUGGUACAAAAAGCAUGAAUAUACAAGUGUAAGCAUUAGGGAUCGUGGUAGCUCACAAUCCUCUUUCCGGCUCACACGUACCUACAGACAUGGUAUAAGUCAAGACCCUUAUAUGCAAGUCUUAGACAUUGAUGAGCAGGUUUUGCAGGCCGGCCAGGAGCGCUUCAUGGAACAUGUCAGUAUGUUGAGCGACGAAGAAGCGCAGGACGAUGACAUGUGGACCUCUAAACCAGAGUAUUCCACUAGCAACCCAUUAGACUUCGAAUUUCGGCUAGCUUCUGAGCCGCUGCGUAUGAAACGCAUGUUGCAUCGUGACCCGCAGUUUGUGGAGUCGUACCUUGACUUCUCACACGAAAACCCUCAUAUGGCCGCGAAAGUGAACCUUGAGUGGAUUGACAAGACGGUGCUAGUCCCUAACGUGAGCGAUAAACAAACGGUGAUCAGCUUGGCGCUUAUGUCGUCUGACGCAUACGUUAGGCUCCCGCACACGGGAGACUGGAGGAAUCUCACGGAGCCCUGGAAUCAUACCCACAACUCCGGGCACGGGUGGGAGAACGACGGAUUGCGAGGCCAUCUAUUUGUUAACAGUGAGCAAGACAUUGUAGUGAUGGCCGUCAAGGGCACAAGUGCUCGGGGGCUUGCUGGUUCUGGAGAAGACGAGACGACGGUGAACGACCAAAUUAACGAUAAUCUGUUAUUCUCAUGCUGCUGUGCUAGGAUUAGCUACCUGUGGACAACCGUUUGCGAUUGCUAUAUGAAGUCUUACACAUGCGACGAGACAUGUCUUGAGCAGGAAUUAAGCAGAAAGGACAGAUAUUAUAAGGCUGUGUUAAAUUUCUACAAGGACGUUGUGGCAGAGUACCCUAACUCCACCAUUUGGGUGACUGGUCACUCGCUAGGGGGCGCACUAGCUAGUUUACUAGGCCGCACUUACGGUCUUCCUGUUGUUGCAUUUGAGGCUCCAGGGGAGCUUCUUGCUACUCGAAGGCUUCACCUGCCAAUGCCUCCUGGUUAUCCAGAUUAUCUCGAGGGCAUAUGGCAUUUUGGAAAUACAGCUGAUCCCAUUUUUAUGGGUACUUGUAACGGCGCUAGCUCUUCCUGUUCGAUUGCAGGCUACGCCAUGGAGACUUCAUGUCACACAGGAAAGGUCUGCGUUUAUGAUGUGGUCAAGGAUAAAGGCUGGCACGUCAGCAUGCUAAACCACAGAAUUCACAAGGUGAUCGACGGGGUAAUUGACAGUUACGAGGGCCCCGCUCGGUGUAUUCCCCCAGGUCCUUGCCACGAUUGCUACAACUGGAAGUAUGUUCAAAAAGGCCAUUCUUCCAGUGUGUCGCAAACGCGUUCCCCCAAAACAACAAGUACUAGCACAGUUCCACCCGAACCCACAAUAACGAGCAGCUGCGUAGGCCGCAACUGGAUUGGGAUCUGCACGGAAUAUGAGUAA